GCCAGCCCGGCUGACUGGGCCGGUGGCAGGAGCGCCGCGCGCCGCCAGCCGCGGGGGGCGGGGGAUGGGGGAGGCAGGAGAGGUGGGCGCCCGCGCGGAUUAGAGCCAACCGCACACUUUGAAAGGGUGUCGAGCUGUGCAUCGCUCCUGCGCCCCGGGAACUUCAAAGCGGCCCGCGGUGCCCCGGCCGCCUCGCUCCGCUCUGGGGCCUCGCAGCCCGCGCACGGCGCCUGGUGGCCAUGACCCGAGCGCUCCGCCAGGCUCUCCUGCUGCUCACCGCGGCCGCCGCUCUCUCCACAGGUUUGAAGUGUGUUUGUCUUUUGUGUGACUCUUCAAAUUUUACCUGCCAAACAGAAGGAGCAUGUUGGGCUUCCGUCAUGCUAACCAAUGGAAAGGAACAGGUGAUCAAAUCCUGUGUCUCUCUCCCAGAAUUAAAUGCACAAGUCUUCUGUCAUAGUUCCAACAAUGUUACCAAAACGGAAUGCUGCUUCACAGAUUUUUGCAACAACAUAACACUGCACCUUCCAACAGCAUCACCAAAUGCCCCAAAACUUGGACCCAUGGAGCUGACCAUCAUUAUUACUGUGCCAGUGUGCCUCCUGUCCAUAGCUGCAGUGCUGACAGUAUGGGCAUGCCAAGCUCGACAGUGCACCUACAGAAAGAAAAAGAGGCCGAAUGUGGAGGAACCCCUCUCUGAGUGCAAUCUGGUAAAUGCUGGAAAAACUCUAAAAGACCUGAUUUAUGAUGUGACUGCCUCUGGAUCUGGCUCUGGUCUACCUCUGUUGGUUCAGAGAACAAUUGCGAGGACGAUUGUACUUCAGGAAAUAGUAGGAAAAGGUAGAUUUGGUGAGGUCUGGCAUGGAAGAUGGUGUGGGGAAGAUGUGGCUGUGAAAAUAUUCUCCUCCAGAGAUGAAAGAUCUUGGUUUCGAGAGGCAGAAAUUUAUCAGACGGUUAUGCUGAGACAUGAAAACAUCCUUGGUUUCAUUGCUGCUGACAACAAAGAUAAUGGAACUUGGACUCAACUUUGGCUUGUCUCUGAAUAUCAUGAACAGGGCUCCUUAUAUGACUAUUUGAACAGAAACAUAGUGACAGUGGCUGGAAUGAUCAAACUGGCACUUUCGAUAGCUAGUGGUCUGGCCCACCUUCAUAUGGAGAUUGUUGGUACACAAGGUAAACCUGCUAUCGCUCAUCGAGAUAUAAAAUCAAAAAAUAUCUUAGUGAAAAAAUGUGAAACUUGUGCCAUAGCAGACUUAGGGUUGGCUGUGAAGCAUGAUUCAAUACUGAACACUAUUGAUAUACCUCAGAAUCCUAAAGUGGGAACCAAAAGGUACAUGGCCCCUGAAAUGCUUGAUGAUACAAUGAAUGUGAAUAUCUUUGAGUCCUUCAAACGAGCUGACAUCUAUUCUGUUGGUCUGGUUUACUGGGAAAUAGCCCGGAGGUGUUCAGUUGGAGGAAUUGUGGAGGAGUACCAGUUGCCUUAUUACGACAUGGUGCCUUCAGAUCCCUCAAUAGAGGAAAUGAGGAAAGUUGUUUGUGACCAGAAGUUCCGACCGAGUAUCCCAAACCAGUGGCAAAGCUGUGAGGCACUCCGAGUCAUGGGGAGAAUAAUGCGUGAGUGUUGGUAUGCCAAUGGGGCAGCCCGCCUAACCGCCCUUCGGAUUAAGAAGACUAUUUCUCAACUUUGUGUCAAAGAAGACUGCAAAGCCUGAUGAUGAGAAUCAUGUUAAAAAGAAAUCUCUUACAGCUUUCUUUCUCAUUUUUCCUUUUCAUGUGAUUUUUUUGCCUUUGUGUUGUCGUUGUUGUUCUACCUCAGAGAUAAUACAGUACAGUAUUCAAGUGCCCAAAGGCACCAUGAAAAAGAUAACUCUAAAGUCAAGCAUGAGAGGGAGUUGACUUCAUCCGCUCCCCAUGUUGUCCUUAUUAUUAUUAUUUUUUUUGAGAAGCAACACAUCUAUUCAUCUCUUUAUUUAAGGAAGAUAUUGCAAAAGUGUAAAAUAAGCUAUAUAAAAUAAUAAAAGUUAUUAGGUUUUACUUUACUUGAAUCAGGAGCACAUGAAUGAAUCGAAAAGAAAAUGUAAAAGCCCAUUUAUUUUCCUGAGAUGAAAACAUGUUCAUAAAAAAUGUGAACUGGAACAUGUUAUAUCUAAACAAAGCUUUAGAUCAUAUAAUCUAUGGUUUUCUCUAUUUAAAAAAAUUGAACAGGAUCUUUAAAAAAAUUAAAUAUUACUCUGAACCUUAGCAUACAAAACAUGUAAAAGUGGAGCUGCUUAUUGGAAGAUGGAAGUGAGGUCAGAUCACUUACUUGGUUUCUCCUCCCAUGUUCUACUCUUCAUAGUUCACUGACAUAGCAGCUCCUGAGGCAAACAGUUUGAAAAUCACUAAGGGUGUUACUUUCUCAUAUUUACAAAUGAGACACCUGACAUCUUGAAACACUGAGAAAUGUCCCAAAGUCACAUAGCUAGUGAUAGAAUUGGCACUAGUUCCAAAUCUUGUGAUAAUCCACACUGUAAAGUUAGCUAGAUCCCUACUUUUCCUUUAAUUCCCAUAGUAUUUUUCUCCCUAUGCAGAAACAUCUUUCAUGAUGAUAUUUAUGGUUUAGUCAAACAGAAGACAAAUUAAGUUAUUUUGCAGAAUCAUAGUGGACCUGUAUGAACUCUCAGGACAAUAUCCACCCACAUUUUCCUCAUAGAAAUUCCCUAGUCACCCUAUUUGUUAGAUGAGUAUUAAUAUUUUCUGAAUACUUUCAGAGGUUAAUCAGCCAUAAAAAUCAUUGUCAGAGAUGUCUUUAGGAUGAAUUUCAGUGAUCCCUACUAUUUUGCACAUACACAUUUAGAAAGAAAAGAACAGAAAAGGAAGAGGCUACUAGGAGAUAUUUUGGGGGGAAAUGAAGAAAACUCUUAUUAAAUGAAGUAUAAUAGCCAUACCUGACAGAGGAUAUCAGUAACUGUGAGGAGAUAAUCUUUCUCUACCCUUUCAAAAUGGGCAGUGGGUACUGAAGAAGUCUCAUGAUAAUUUUGCCUUUAUUCUACUUGCUGUGCAGACAGAAGUGAUGAAUUCUGAAUAAAAUAAGGAAUUCCCUUAAAAUCUAUAAUUCUGCUUCGUUGAAGGAAGAUUUAUCAUGGUAUCUUUUAUUUUUCUAAAAUAUUAUUUCCUAAACUCAGUUUCUUAGAACCCUUUUCUGAGAUGAUCCAAGACCAAAAGUGUUCUUUGGUAGAUUCUUAGAAAGUGAUAGAGCAUAUUAGCAUAUCAUGUGCUUUGUGGAGUCUAGCAGUAAAGAAAUGUUGCUUGAAUUUCUUUAAAAUGGAUUUCCCAAUUUUUUUGACCAUGGAACUGUUUCAUUAAAAAUAUGGGAAAACUUU